ACCCUGAUCAAACCUUAACCCGACCUACAAACAAUAUAGACACACAUAUAUAUAUAGAGAGAGAACCCGAAGGAGGAAUUUCGUCGAGCGGUUGGUGUGCGAGGCAGGACAGUACAGCGCAGUUGCUAUGAAGGCUAACAAGAGAACUCUUUUGACACUUCCCCAGAAAUGCAAGAGUAUACUGGCUUCGAACUGGAUAGGACACCUCAACACUGUUAAAGCUGACGCCAAGGGAAGCAAGGAGGACAUAUAUACUUCAAAGGUUAAGUAUAUACUCAAGAAGGGAAGGCCGUAUAUUUGGGUACCGGAAAAGGAAUUGCAUAAUGUGAAUACAGUCAUUGACGAGCGUGGUUCAUUUGCUGUGGCCAGUCCCUUUCCUGGACCUUUGGCAAAUUUACUUAAAUCAAUGAAAAUGUUGCCAGCUCGGAUUGCUCUAACUGGGGAUGUUGUGUGUCUUAAAGAAGACAAGGCUAAGUUAGCAACAGAAAGCCUUAAUAACAUCAUCCAGUCUGAACAGAGUGCAAUUAGUGAAUCCAGUUUUACGGUUUCUGGUGUCUUACGUUCAUCUAAUCUUAUUUCUACAUCUCGAAGUGAAAGCCUUAAGGAGCUACUUAAUGAAGAUGAAAAAUACACCAUUUAUAGGUUCAAUCUGAGUUCAUGCACAUUUGUUGAUGGCUAUGGAGGCACUCAUGAGGUAGACUUGGAACAUAUUGAAGCAUCUAAAGUUGACCCCUUAGCAACUUAUUCUGCAAUGCUAAUAGAUGGCAUCAAUCAAAGUGAUGCAAGACGUAGAGCCCUGACGCUUUUCUGUUUUGUAUACCUAAAUGCAAAUGCAAGAGAUGCAUAUAUGUUCUCUAUCGACCACAAGGGGUUUGAUGUUCUGGGGAAGGUUCCUAGUCAAGCGACAAAGGACGGGCUGGGUGAAUACCACUGGAAGGAAUUCAGGUUCAUUUUCAAAGAAGAGGCGCACGAUAUUGAAACUUUCUGCAGUCACCUCGUGGAGAUGGAGGAGGAGGCUGUCAAAAAAGUUUCAAGCUCCAGCGGUUUACAAUGAGCUUAGUUUUAACCCAACAGAGCGAAGGGCCUUCCAUUGUUCCAUCUUUUCAUAGUAUUCCUGUCAUCUUGUUUAGACCGAGUUAUCUUGCAUUUGUUUUGUUGAAACACAUAUCUUGUUGAAGUUAAUGGUAAGACAUUAGAAUUUGAAAUACAAGUAGAUAAUAUAGUAUAGAUGAUAUAAACAAAAAUUUCAUAUUC